AGUUCAACUUGUAGCGCAUACGCAAGUCACUGCCACUCGAGCACAGAUCGAUCUGAUUCACGGAUUCCCAACACGCAUCGGAAUGGAGUAAUAGCGCAAAUAUAGGAAAUAUGCCAACGGCUAGUGUUUAGUUGUUGAUAUUCUUGGGCGUGGAACUGAGGUCCGUAACACUUCUCGCAGAGCUGCCUCAAGAUAAACGUGCCAAUUAUUUAUGGUGACGAAGCCCUCUAACCAACGUAACAAUGUCUGCGUCCAAAACCCAGAAGUUCUACAAGUUGGAUAUAAACCGGACGGAGUGGGAGAUUCCCGAGAUAUAUCAGGAUCUGCAGCCCGUCGGCUCGGGGGCCUAUGGACAGGUGUCGAAGGCACUGGUUCGGGGCACCAACAUGCAUGUGGCCAUCAAAAAGCUGGCCAGGCCCUUCCAAUCCGCCGUGCAUGCCAAACGGACGUAUCGGGAACUCCGAUUACUGAAGCAUAUGGAUCAUGAGAAUGUUAUCGGUCUGCUGGACAUAUUUCAUCCACAUAAGCCGAAUACCUCGCUAGAGAACUUCCAGCAGGUGUACUUGGUUACCCAUUUAAUGGACGCCGAUCUGAAUAACAUCAUACGAAUGCAGCACCUGUCCGACGAUCAUGUUCAGUUUUUGGUAUACCAAAUACUCCGCGGAUUGAAGUACAUUCACAGUGCCGGAGUGAUUCACCGCGAUCUAAAGCCCUCGAACAUUGCCGUCAAUGAGGAUUGCGAGCUGCGCAUUCUAGACUUCGGAUUGGCACGUCCCACGGAGAACGAGAUGACAGGAUAUGUUGCCACGAGGUGGUACCGCGCCCCCGAAAUAAUGCUCAACUGGAUGCACUACAACCAGACAGUGGACAUUUGGUCGGUGGGCUGCAUCAUGGCAGAACUCAUUACAAGGCGCACUCUUUUCCCGGGCACCGAUCACAUUCACCAGCUCAACCUAAUCAUGGAAAUGCUCGGCACUCCGCCGGCCGACUUUAUGAAAAAGAUCUCAUCGGAGAGCGCUCGUUCUUACAUUCAGUCACUGCCGCCAAUGAAAAGGCGCAAUUUCAAAAAGGUGUUCGAGAACGCCAAUCCGCUGGCUAUCGAUCUGCUGGAGAAGAUGCUUGAGCUAGAUGCCGAGAAGCGGAUCACGGCCGAGGAGGCUUUGAGCCAUCCGUACCUGGAAAAGUACGCGGAGCCCAGCGAUGAGCAGACUUCGCCGCCUUACGAUCACAGCUUCGAGGACAUGGAUCUGCCGGUGGACAAGUGGAAGGAGCUGAUCUACAAAGAGGUUACAAACUUUAAGCCUCCUCCAUCGUUUGCUCAGGUUCUGAAGGAUGUCAAGUGAAAUUAAAACCCACCAAAAAGGACUUUAAGUAUUAAACAGGGCGACUUAUUUUUUAUACCGAUUUAUAUGUAUUUACCUUUGUUUAAAUUAUGCCUUUUGUACUCAAACGUAGCAAUUUCUAGCUUUGACUAAUAUUAUUGUUUUGUACAUUGUUUUACCAAUUUGUUACGUUUUGCAACUAAUACUGUUUUUCUAUAUUGUAAAAUAAAUUUGUUUGCUAAACCAA